AUGCCAGAACCGCUCAAUUUUAUUUAUGAGACGGGUGGAGACACAAACCUAACCAGAGAAGACAAGACGGGAAUAAGGUCGAGGCGGAGAGCCAGAGCCCCAGCACCCGAUCCGCCGUCCCGCCGCCGCAGGAAGGACGUGCGGCAUGUGCAUGGCCUUCCUUGGGAGGCGGAGUGGAGGGACUGGGCGGCGCUGCCCCGCGACGUCCUGUGGGUCAUCCUGAGCCUUGUCCCGCAAGCCGACGUCCUCCGCGGCGCCGGCCGCGCGUGCGCCUCGUGCCGGCGGCUGGCCCUCGACGAGCCGCUACUGUGGCGGCACAUCGACCUCGCCGCUGACGAGGACGCGGACCCAGACCCACCGUCGGGCUGGCAGGCGAUGGCGCGUGCCGCCGCGGCGCAGCGCCGGCCGCUGCGAGUCCUUCCGCGGCCGCGUCAGCAGCACCUUCCUGCUCUUCCUCGUCAACAAGGCGCCAUUGCUGCGGAGCCUCCACGUGACGUGCUGGUACGACAUGGCGAGCAGGCACUUCAUCCACGCGGUGGCGAAGAAGCCCCUGAUGGAGCGAGCCUCGUUGGCCGCUCUCGUCAAGCACUGGCCGCGCCUCCGGCUGCUCCACGCCGGCGGCUGUCACACCUGGAGCCCGAUUGA